AUGUUGACUGGAUAUUUUGCCUAUGAUAACAUUCACUUGCCUAGUGAGUGCCUUUCAGGGUAGAUUCAGAGCUAAUCGGCGUCUUCAUCAGGGAUCAUUAGUGAGCCACUCCGUCCUGUUGUACUCCCUGUAUUUUACUGAGUUGACAGAAGAGAUAUUUUCGUAAGAACAUCUUUUCCAGUCCUCCAUCCCCAAUUAUCUCAGACAUGCAACCCUCAUACAGGUAGGUAGUUCAUAAAAGUUAAUCUUCUGUGUGCUAGGGGAGGGCGUGGGGGUGAGCGGAUUUAUUUGUCAAGGGUUUAGGCGAUGACUAGGGAGUCUUCCACUUCAUAUUCACCGCUGGUAAGAUAUGGAGUGUGUUGGGAUGUAUUCGAGCCAAAGUCGCCAUCUCAUGUCGCGUGUGGUUUUCAAUGAUUGAGGGUUGCACGCUUCCUACAGUGACAGUGAAUAAUGACAGAAUUUCUGAUGAGUAUUUACACCCUGUUGUUUCUGUGAUUAUGGAUUCGCAAUGUGCAUUCACUUGUCUUUCAGGUAGUUCACUUACGGUAUUAUCACAAGCUUGCGAUGGUGGCGAUGAGGACUCAGUACAGAGCUCUCUCCACGCCGUCUCGCAUCCCGAUCAGGGAUCCCCAUCUCCCCGAUCUCGUCGCCGACACCGGCACCAGCCUCAGUCCCAGACCCCUUCUUCCAAUUCCUCCAACUACCGUCCUCCACCAGCCUCCCUUGCUUCCAGCUCAACAAAAUCCCACCAACCAGCAUCCAGGAUAUCUCCUGAACACUCCCUGCCUGUACGACCUCCCCGUCAUACGGACUCCUUAGUCACAAUGCCAUUUGGUCGUACUUUCGAUGUGAAGCGGUGCCUUGCACAGGAGGAGGUCAACAUGCACAACCUCCCACCGGAAGUAGCAAUUCCGGACGAGGAGAUGUCCACCGAGGUGGACAUCGCUCUCCUUACAAGUCUGGAGAGUGAGGUGGCAUCCACAGUGAGCUGCUCCGCAGACUGGGUGUCGGAGCACUCAGUAACCGCCACACCGGCAGAAAUGCGCGUGCAUGCGCCACUGCCGGUGUGGCCUUCGGACAAGCUCAUGGAGUCGAGGUAAUUGCCCUUUGUGGGUUUGCUCCAAUGUGCACUGUCGAAUUCCGUAAUGAUUGUUGCUAUUAGGAUCAAUAACAGCUGGGGCUACUUGAUGCGGUAGCAAUAGUUCGCGACUCUAUUUCUCUUUCUGAUUGUAGUGAAGUUGGCCGACUGCCGCUUGUCCGGAAGCGGCGCGCCAAGUUCUCCGUGCAGGCAGCUGGCGACCUGUGUGAGGCAACCACACAGGAAAAUUGUCUCGUCUACGCAGCCCACAGAGCCUGGGCAAGACGGCUUGUCAAAAGGAAGUCAAGUAAGCAGCCUCCUUAAAAACAAGAUUUGGUUCAAUGCAUCGAAAAUGAGGCUCAUGAAGACAUCACUAUGUUGCCUAUGAUUUUCAAUUUCCAGCACAGUGUUUGUGCAAUCGCCGCCGACUUCAGAUCACUGCAUAGGCUUACCCUUCUGGACUGUUUGUCUUUGCAGAUGUGAAGUGGCCUGUCAGCAGCGUCACUAGAUCGUACGAAACAGAAGUGAGCAUUAUUUGCAAGGGAGGAGAUGACGUGGUGGCGGAAGUAGCCGUGAGUCCCCGACGUGUAAGCUACUUACUUUGAUCUAUUGAGUUGAUGGUGUCUGGAUAUGUUCGUCUGCCUGUGUGCAGGUCCGUAUUCAUUUGCCUGACAAAUCACACUCCUUUGUUUUAGCGUCGAUCUGGCGUGGGUCGCUUCCUUCGUCGGGUUUUCCGUCGGCUGUGUUGUUGUUGUUUGAUCUCCGAGGAGAAGGAGUUCAACGAAAAUUCCGAGACUUGUUGACGUUGACAGCAACCUCGCACGCCCAACCCCAUCCCGCCUCCCACCGAUCUCUAUUCUCACCUGUGUGCAGUUGAAUAUGAAAUAUAUGAGAGUAUUAUUUGGAAGUAUGCAUCUUUUUGGUUUUUUAUUGAGGUCGGGUGUGAGUAGAUGAUGCCGCGGUGGCAGCCAGCAGGCAAUGCGAUUUGGCAUAAAUAGUUGAAUUGACGAUAGGCAAUUGAUGAGCAGUGGAGUUGCACAGGGUUCAUCUAUAGGCCAGUAGGAGGGCUGGGUAUGUGGAGUGUUGUGCUACCACAGAGUCGUCGUGUUUGGGCUCACUCAAUCCGAACUCGCCAGGAAGCAUGCUCGGAAUGUGAUGCAUAACUUGAGAUAAGUGCUUUGGAACAAAUGCCUGCUUGCUGUUUCUGUAUGGUGAUAUUAUUAUUUGUGCCGAAAUGCAUUAGCAGCAACAGAAUAAAUUAGUUAUGUUCAAAACCUGCCAACGUCCUCUCUGUACUAUACGACAGUUUGACCGUCGUUGCCGAAGAUGUCUAAGUGCAUGCUGAGAACAGGUUCGGCGUCUUGCGUCUAAAAUAGUUUUUAAUGCUUGUGCUCUCUCAUCUUCCAAUUUUUGCCGGUUUUGUGACAGGAUCAAAAAUGUCGGUUGGGGCAGGCUUUUUGGCACGGGAAUUACCUGCACCUCGACGUACCACCACACUGCCUGGUCCACUCUGCUGUCUGACCACUAUUUCACAGAGAUUAUGUAAUGAGGUUGCGGUUCGAAGCCCACAGAUUCAGGGUGCCAUAGAAGUCACAUUAGGAGUGUGUCAUUGCAGCCUGGCUCUCACACGACCUACAGUUCGGGCAUACCUGCGUCCGCACAGCCGCAGCUGCCCAUGCGGCCACUUGAACGCACCCCACCCCUGCAACCGCAACCUAAGCCACUGGGACACAACCCCUCGGCAAAUGCAACGCACACUGAAUAACCACCACUCAUUCGGGUUCCUUCCGUCUCUCUCCCUACAACACUAGGAUUUACCCAUCCACUCCGCUUGGUUUCAAAACGAGUAUCAGGCACCAGGUCAUGAGGCCGAAAGACCUACUGCCACGUCAGGGAACUCAUCUGGGGUGGGGCCGUUUGCCCAGUCUGGUCCGGUUGUGGACAAGACAGCCAUGUUGUGGCGCCGUGGUAAUUGUCCCUUACCGGUUCGCUGCAAUAUGCACUAACGAGAUUGUCUGGACUAACUUAGACGAAGUAUGAGCUUGCAGCAGGCAGUUAUGGCCUCCUUUUGGAGGUGCACUUCGAAAUGUUGGUUUGCUCCACUUUGCGCUGCCUGGUUCGUGCCAAACUAUUAUGUAUUUCGUACAUGAGGGUGGUCAAUCCCCUCCCCUCCAGUGUUAGGUGAAUGCGAUUCCUGCAGACAGGGUGAUGGGCACAUCCUCUUUUAGAGUUCACGAUAAUUGCUUUUGAAGAGUGUGUAGUAUAUCAAUGUUUUCCAAACCCACGAAUUUCUCCGUUGCUGCUUAUUGCUUAUCACAGCAACACCACACCGAGAACCUCUGAGAUGCUGGAUGCGCCUGCGAUGUGCCUCAACUUUGCUCUGCGGCUGAUUGUAGCGAAGUGGGCUUUUUACACUCUGUCCAAGGAAGGCGGGCCAGCUUGAAGCUACAGGGACAAUCGAACUGCCUAAAUCCACCAAACUUCAUAUGUGCUUGCCCCACUCGACGUGCAGGACCCCGCCAUCAGGAAGAUGUCGAAAAAGCAGCUAAAGCCACAGGCAAACCGUGGCCAUUACGACCUUCAGACCCGUUUCCGACUAGAAAGAUGGGCAAGAUCCCAUUUCGUAACCGUACCUGUUAAGGGUUAGGGUUAAUGGCUAGGGAUUGGGGUUAGGCUGGGGCUUUUCUACUGCAGAUACGGCUACGAAAUAAGAUCUGACCGAAAGAUGAGUUGGACGCCAACUGAGAGGACGCAGUAUUCUGUAGAGGAAGCUUGGAGAAUCCGUUGGAAAAAAAAACUAGCAACCGAACGAGUGGACACGUGCGGCGCCGCGAGAACGGCGCCCUGAUUGAGAGCGGGGAAAGCGUCACAGUGUAGCGGCCGAAUAAGGAGGGGCUCCGGGAAACUCGGGAAGACCUGAGUUGGGAUGUGAUGGCUUGCGGUCUUUCGUAUGGGUAUCUAAAGAAAACUCCUCUAAAAGUCGUGUAACUCCAUCAUACACACUAGCAAAGGAAAGGGGUGGAGUGGACAUGAUAGCGACGAAUGAACUGAUACAAAAGUUUAUUAGUAAAACGUUAGAGACACGGUAGAAAAAUAAGUUUGAUGUGAUCUAUGACGUAAGGUAAAAAUAGCGGUACAGACUACUAAUCAACUAAGAGAGUACAACUUAAUCCUACAAUCCGAUAAAACGUGAAACACGGGAAAGGGUUAGUUAAUGGUGAAAUAAACGAGGCGGAAAACGAAUCGGCAGUUCAGGAAUACGGAAACGAUAAGGAAAAGGGGACUUAGCGGAGGGCGUGUCGACAGGCGUCAGCUCCGAUCCACGUGACCCAAAUUCUGAAAAGGGGGGGCGGGAAGUAAAAAAAGGUCCGUUUAAAACAAUCGCCGCGAGAACGACGCCCUGAUUGAGAGCGGGGAAAGCGUCACAGCACAUUGAGGGAGAGCACGCCUGAAUCUACUUGAAUUUGAUUGGCCAGUUUGGACAACCGUGAUUGGUCAGGAAGCAGGCUGCCAUUGGUGCGCACAUGCAAGUACUCGCGAGAGGUACAGCGUUGCAACAGGCGCCCGGGAUAGGUCCACUAAACUCGCUCCUGCUUUUCGUUGUUUAUGGCCGUAUUCGUCAGUACUGAUUUGGUAGACCCAAUUCUGAAGGUUAACACAUCGGACUUGAUUCUCUUCCAUUACAGUAGGGUAGUGGCUGACUCCCGAGUCAGUUUUAACCGAAGGAACUCCCACUUACUGCCAUUUACACGACCUGCCCUUCCCUCACAAAAUACGAGCACGUAUUUCACAAAAUAGUGAGUGGAAGACAUGCACCUCUCAUGCGUGCGAGUGCAAGAGGCCUGAAUUUGUUAACUCCCCUCGGUGGUUCAUCAAAACCUACCUGCCUUAUAAUGGUUUGCCUGGCUCGGUAGGGGUUGUGAGGAAGUGAAUUUUAAUCUCCGAUAGCGAAAUGGACGUUAAAGUUGUCCGUUUUAAUAACAGUUUGAACUGGUUAAUUGAGUUAUUUUUAGAACUAGGGUUGUCAGCUUGGGCUGCGGCUUGGGCCGGCGGUGUUCUACUGCAAGCUCAGAGAUGCGCUAGAUGUCGGCCCUCGCAGCAUCCACCAGAGUCUUUAGUUGGUCGCCCCGACGUCGUUACCAACAGGGUCGCGUUGGGACGAGAGGGCAUUACCGCCAAUAUCACCUACUGUGGGACACAGUACAUGGCCAACCAGCACAGUCAACGGGUUAAACGAGCACAGUUUAUCAGUUCUGUUUCUGAUUGACUGACCAGUAAUUUGUCUAGGAGAUAAUUGCAGAACACAAGCAUCUGCAAUUGAAUAAUUGUAGGUAUUUGGUAUAUUCUGACCGCAGAAACCGUGCGUGACACAGGAACUGACUAUUUGGCAUGAUGCGCUAAAAGCCCUGGCUUGGAAGGCUACCAACUGUAGGCGAUAACUCAACCCUCCUCUUAGGACAGGGGGUUGAAGUGUUUCCUUCUUAAUUUGGCCUCUAUGGCACUUCCACUUAGUUGGCAUCGGAACUGCGCCUUGUUAUUUGUGCAAAACGGCGAUAUCUGUGCGCAGACAGCCACCGCAUCCGACUCCGUCCCCGAUCUUGUUAAUCUUGUCAUGACAUCGGGCCCAGGGGGGUAGGGUGUUGAAGGUGAGAGUAUGGUCGGUGCUGCGCAAGUUGGCGUCCCUGCGCCCACUGUGGUGUGGCCGCAAGGUGGACGCCCUCGGUAGCGACGGUUAAACUGUCAUAUACGCAGAAACGAAAACGAUUUAAGGACGAUUAAUACGCUGGCGUGCAGUCACUUCUCGCUCUUCUUCCCUUGUCAAGCGGGCUCGACGACACGGGGUGUAAAUGCGGCGCCAGCAUGAGGUCCAAAUAGACGAUCAGGUGUAACAGCUCAGCUAUUGCAGAAGAUAAGCCCCCGGACUAGAAAAUGUCUUCCCAAUAACAUUCGAAGUGUGAAUCCACAAGGUAAAGCUGGCUGGCUGAUCAUCGCCUCAAUUAGGCGUGCGCAACACUUUUCCAACUCUAUCUAAUUCCCGGGAGGAGUUCUGAGUUCAGUGCGAAAGCGAGGUUACGAGUAUACGAGGCUUCGGUGGGCGCAAUCAAUCUGCCUGGUUAGAAGUCAUGGUCCGUGGAGUCGAAAUGUACUAAAUGCUCGAAACUAUUCAAUCCCUGAUGCUUGUUCUGUCAGUAUAUUUGGAGUAAACGACAGAAGCCCUGAAAACUCCAUUGAGAGGGUGCAGAUGUAAGGGAAAUUAGUUUAAUUGCAAAACCUUUGCUUGCAGUUUUAGUAAGUUCUUCAUUAUCUGAAUGCACCUCUACAGUCCCGUCUACAGCAAACAUCUUUACAGUCGGUAUGAAACAAAACCGGGUGAUUGGUGCUCUCUAUGCUGGUUGACUACGCUGACUCAGCCAAAGCAGCGUCCAUCAAAAGGUGAUAUCACCUCUGAUUUCAUCUCAAUCAAACCCGACCCUUUUGGGUAAGACGUCUAGGUGAUCCGCCAAAGACGCUGGUGGACGGAGUGAGAGCAUUGUUUGUCAGUCUUACAUGGCUGUGUGACUAUUGUAAAUAUAUUACGAAACUGAUAAGUAUGGAACAGUCUUCAAGACAAUUUGUACACCGUCUCAAGUUUUGACGAUUCAACGGUGACGGUAUUAGUUAGCAUUUGAGCUUCGAUGCACCAGAGAGGAGUUGUGGUAGCGCAUUAGUGGUCGAUUUUCCCCCUGAGUAAUGAUGAUAUCACGCUGGCGGCGCCUUUUGCGACCCUCCCCCCCCCGUGCGACAGUUCGACUGUCUUUGCCGACGAUGUCCAUCGUGUGCUCCACAGCGAGUUGAGAGCAGCCACGGUUAUUUGUGCGUGAAUUAGUUAAUAGUGAGAGCAGACUUGCACAGCAUUCACCCCACUUUGACAUCCUUGUCCGCCUGAACUCGGUGUCAAGACACAGUCAACAAUACCGAAGGCGGGAGAGGACGCAGAUAGCUGGCGCAGCCGGACCCGCGCCUUGGCGUGCCAGCACACCCUCUGGUCCACAACAAACACUUGACCAGGAUUUUAAUCAAAAACGAAAAUGGGUCAGAAAGAGAAGGAUGACGCAAGUUACUGGGCAGCCAUGCACACAACCUGUAUGCCCAGCGGGAGCGCAAGUGCAUCCACCGGCUGGGAAGUAGGUGCCAGAGAACUGCUAGCUCAUAGCAGGUUGUGAGGGCCAUGGUUUGCUGAAACAUGGCGUAGAAACGCACAAAUUCCUUAGGGCCCAGAAUGGUGAGACGCAGCCGUGCAUUUAGCCUGAGCCACCAUCCUUCAGAGACGCCCUCUAUCCACCAUCCCACCCGCAAAAUUGGCCCACCGAUCAGGCCACUCCCUCCUAGCCGCCAUCUUCCGGUGCGCGAGGCGUACUACUCCCAACUUCUUUAGUUGACAACGGACAGCUGUUAGCAGUUCGAAAAUUCAAGGGCCAAGCACUGAUUCCACUGAACCUUAACAAUAUCAAACUUUCCUCAGGACGGCCGGAAACAUUAUUACAACGAUUUACGGAAUUGGGCAUUUCAUACAGCCUAGUGCUGUAGACCUUUCGGAAUAAAAUCUGCCCACGAAAUACCUUGUUCUCAUUAAGUUUUGAGCUCAUGUAAAAAUUUCUAUAAUUGAUCAAAAAUGUAUUUCGUGAAUUUGAUUCAUGGGAAUUUAGGCUGUACAGAAAGGCACUCUUUUCAACUGAAAAAUUUCUCCGUGUUAAUAAUCAGAAAGUGAUGCAUUUCUUACGGAAUAAUCAGCGUUUUUAGGUGUUCUUUGGGUGAUCGAGCUAAUUGAUAUGCAUGAUAUCUGAAACGGGUUCGAAUUUAUUUUCGUUUACAGUGAAGGGGCAUCCUUACUUCAUGGGCAUUGAGGUAGAUUUUAGCAAGUUGGAAUGCCGGUUUGAGAGGUCCAAAAAUUGGGAGUUUCCAAAAUUUAUGUCCCAAAAAUUCCCAAACCACGAAUUUUCCCAAUGGAAGUAGUCGUGUUUUCGGUCACUAAGUGCAUACAAGAAGUAGUUCCUUACGGAAGGACUAUAAAAAUAUUAUUUCCUCACUCCCUAUAAAGAUGAAGGAGUUUAUUUAAAUAUCGGUUUUCAAUGGACCAGCAUGUUCAUGAAUGUUAAUUACAGUGGGCAUUUAAAUGCCUGAAAAUCGAUCGAAAUUUUUAAAACCAUAUUGUAAAAUAAAAUACGUGGCUGAUGAGCUCAAACCACAGCAUUCAGAAUGCUGUCUUAUAAUUCGCUUGAGGAUCGUUCCACCGCCCUGUGCCAACCAAGUUGAAAAAAUUUUUAAGUGAUCAAAAUUUAUUUUGGCCCAAGAAUUCUGGAUCCUCCUAUAAUCUUAAUCUAGUCUCCAAGAAAUGUCGGGCAUAAUUUAUAUUUACCGUACUUACUUGAUAAUAAAUCACGCCUUAAAUGCAUUUACAGUAGGUGUUGUAACUGAAAUCGCAAUGAUGAGUAUCUGGUCAUUUCGGGGCAUCGCAAACGUUAUUCACUUUACUAAUCGGGUUAAAGCCUUUGUAAAAAGCCUUUUGCAUAGGCAGAAUACCCCUCUUUAUGAUUUUACCAAGGAAGAACUUGCAAUUUUGCGCGGUAAUCAGCACCUCCUUAUAUUCAGGCGAUUUUCUAUGUUACUAGCUGUCCUACGCAACACUUAUGCAUCAAUGAGUGCUUUUCAACCAGAAUGCAUUAGCACAACCAGGAAAAACUUACCCAAGUAAAAUCUGCCUACUCGGAAGUUGAUUUUCUGUUCCACAUAAAGCAGGCGAUGCAGAGUGGGAAUAAGCAUGCUAUUUUCGGAAACACCGCAUUCUUUUUCUUUUUAAAAAUUUCCCAUCUGUAAAGCUUUAUGAUUUCAUUGUUUAAAAAGUAUUGACAGCACCCAUAUGCAAACGUCUGCUCUAAAGUACCCAUAUUUUUCGGACAUAUGGAGACGCUCCGUAAGCAAUCACGCAAGAGCCCAGCAUGAGGCCACCAUUUCAACCUUUGAGUAACGUAGGAUUUAUGGGGCUCACUUUCUGUUAAUACUUAAUUUAAAAACGGACCGAACAGUUAGAGAACUAUUUUACUACUUAAGUGAUCAUUCUGUGAUGCGUUUAUAUUUGGAGAACGAAGCCCAAACGUGAGCAAAAAUAACGAAAAUCGUCCCAGUACAGCCAGGAAAGGGAGUUUUUGUUUGCGGCAUAAAAAAUAUCAGUGUCUUCUAGGAAAAUACAUGAGUGGACUAAAUCCCAAUCCUUUUCGUGGUAAGAUGUGGUUCUUUAGCCGUAACGGGUGACACAAUACUGUUGAGGUUGGUGUUAGGGUUAGGGAUUGGGGCAACUAUUUCUCGACCACUCAAAGCCCAACCGCGCAUUCCCGAUAGCUUUUCUUUUGCAUACAACUACUUGACCCCGUCGCCUGCGCGUUCCGCAGCCCCAACUGUAAAAUGCCCUAUUACCGACACUCCCGUAUUACAGGUGGCUGGGGUUUGUUUACUUCAGGUGGGGCUACAUAACUACGUCUAGCCUUUUUCAUCGACUUUACUUUCGUAGGGAGGAGGUGUUUUGAACUUUUACAGGUGAGACAUUUCCCAGAGAGGCAACCUAUAAAAGAAGGUUUCUUAGUGGAACAAAAGCAUUUUCGUCGCAGGUCUUCUUUAUAGAAUUCAUUCUUCUUCAGCAAUGAAAUUUCAUGCUGGGGUGAGAUUACAAGUACGACCCAAACCGUCAGCGCACAAAAAUAACGUAGGUAAAUAUUCUCAAGAACGGUCUUGUUUUGAAGGUUCUAGUGAAGACGAAUUGCUGAACUUGUACUUUUGAGCUGUCUAGUGGUAACGCCUAAAGCCUUAGAGCGUUAACUGAUAUUUUAAGAACACUUUGAAGCUCAAAGGACUCCAACGCUACCAAGAUGCGCAUAGUAUUUUUAUAGAAGAACAGCAUUCUUGAUAUACAGAAAAUGGUUUCUUUACGAUUGCAUCUACUACUUCGAUCCCAAUUUAUUAUUCACUGGCCAGCAUCUCGUCAUGUCAGUCAGUCAGUCAGUGUAUGUGAGGGCAAUAGGCUUACGCAUUUGAACUGCCUAUUUGUACAAAAAAAAUCGAUCAAUAAGCAAAAAUGUGAAGAAAUUACAGCAUUAAGUGAAUGCAGACAUUGAUUCAAAUAUGUCACUGUUCUCAUGGCAAAAAAAUCACAUAGUUCGCUUGUUGCUGAAGCAUAUAUCUGUCAAGCUGACAUUUGAAUGUCUCCACAGAUUGAGACAUGACAAUCGUCACGGGCAGGUUAUUCCACGGUUCCACGACACGGUUGGAGAAGAAAUAUUUUCUCCCAUUCAAUCUAUUCUGGGGCACACGUAGCUUAAAUGGAUGUCUUGGAGAUUAGUUGUUGUGGCGAGUUAGAAAAAGGCAUCGCACCGAAGGGUGCAGUCCAAGCCACGCGCGAUACGAAAAGUUUGUAUUAAGUCUCCGCACAAUUGCCUAUAACUCGGAGGAUAGAGAUUAAGGUUAGUUAAGCGGAUCUCGUAUGACAGUGCACUUUGACCUCUAAUCAAUUUUGUUGCUCGCCUCUGCACCCUUUCGAGCAGAUUGUAAUCCUGAUGUGUCCAUGGUCUCCAGGCCUGAAUCGCAUAUUCGAGAUGCGGCCUUACAAACGUACCGAAGACUUUGCAGAAGCACUCUUCAUCGAAAACUGCGAAUGCCCGCUUGAUGGCAUAUAGCACUGAAGUUGCGACCUUGGCCGCCUUACAACAUUGUGUAGAAGGCUUUAGGCUGUCUUCAACCCAGACUCCGAGAUCUUUCUGCGUUUCUGCUUCUCGGAGUGGCAUUCCGUUCAGAUGGUAUUGCCGCGUACUAGGGGUCUGAUUUCCGAGGCGCAGAAUGGUGCAUUUGUUCAAAUUGAAGGACAAGAGCCAUCUGCGGGACCACUCGUCCAAUCGACAAAGAUUUUCUUGGAAGUUGGUCUCAUCGGCAGCAUUCUGGAUGACUUUCCAGAUAUUUAUGUCGUCUGCAAACAUGGCGCAAUCGCAGUCCAGCCCAUCUACACAAUCAUUGAUGAACAAGAGAAGGAGGGUUGGUCCGAGCACCGAGCCUUGUGGGACCCCACUCUCUAUGAAUGUGCACCUUGA